AUGUUCCCUCGCUCUUACUGGCUGAACGGUGGCCUGUCGGCCUUAUACUCUCUCUGCAUCUUCAACUUCGCCGCCAGCAUUGUUCUUUGGUUUACCGUCAACUCAGACCGAAAUUACAUCCAUCCUAUUCUCAGCCAAUUGAUACCCGCUGGGCAUUGCGCGUGCGAAACGGCGGCGGUUUUCGAAUGUAGCACUUGCUUGACCUGCUCGCAUCAGGACCCCAUCUUACAGAUCGACGAAAACGAAACGGAAUUGUGGGAGUUUGAGUACAGCCGAGACGCCUUCAAUGUCGGACUGAGCCGCAGCCAGUGCGCCGCUUCGUUCCCGGGCCUCUUCGAGGACGUUAGUCGUGCUGCAACUUACUGGCGCACGCAGGGAGGAUUGUCUUCUGAUGACCUUGACGCCAUCCCCAUUAAUCAGGGCAUGGGCCGCGCGAGAAUAACGCAGGGAGAGUUGUAUGUAAUAUCUGUCCGAGCGCGUGGCGAGGACCACCGGAGGAAAUUACUUGCUGCAUUGAGUGCGAUGCACCGAGCCCUUGUAGCAGAUUCCAACCGCUUGGCCCGGCCAGAAAUAGAAUUUGUCUUCUCGAUCGAGGAUAAGCUCGUCGACGUCACCAGUUCGGAGCACCCAGUGUGGGUACUCGCCCGAACAGCAGAUGAAGAAGCUGCGUGGCUAAUGCCCGAUUUUGGAUACUGGGCUUGGGACCACCUGCAGGCAUCGAUCGGCCCAUACGACCAGGUUGUCGAGCAGGCCGCGGAGUAUGACAAUAUACCUUGGGAGGACAAAAAACACCAGCUUGUGUGGCGGGGGAAACCGAGUUUUGCACCGAAGUUACGACGAGCACUUAUGGAUGCGACGCGUGACCAGCCAUGGGCGGAUGUUCAGGCUGUAGACUGGCAAGAGCAGGACAAGUCAAAUGUUCUGAAGAUGGAGGACCACUGCAAAUAUAUGUUCAUUGCGCAUGUAGAAGGUAUGCCUCCGGUUCACUUGCCCUAUUUCAUCAAUCGUGAGGCCAAGCUGACGCUGGAUUUGCCGUACGCAGGACGGUCAUACUCAGCAUCUCUCAAGUACCGGCAAGCAUGCCGGUCGGUUAUCGUCGUGCAUCAAUUACAGUAUAUCCAACAUCAUCACUAUUUACUUAUCCCGUCCGGCCCGCAACAGAACUACGUCGAGGUCGCCCGCGACUUCAGCGACUUAGCCGAUGCCCUCAUGCCGUUGCUGGACGAUCCAGUGCGCGCCGAGACCAUUGCGAACAAUAGCGUCCGAACAUUUCGGCAGCGAUAUUUGACGCCCGCGGCUGAGGCGUGCUAUUGGCGGGCGCUAUGGGACGAAUAUGGGAAUAUUUUCAAUAGCUCACAGGCCCAAACAGGGGAAGAGGGAAAAAGAAGACCAGGGCUCCGUUACGAAUCAUUCAUACUGCAGGGCAGCGAUGAUAUGCUUGAGUUUCAUUCAUAG